CGCUGCUUUUGUCACGAUUAACGAUUUAUUCCAAUCCCUAUUCCCUGCUUGCGGCGGUUGUCGGUCGCGCGGUUCGACGCAUAAUCAAUCCUAUAGAUCAAUUAUGCAUGCAACACAUUAUCGUAAUGUCGUCUGUGAGUGUUUUUAGUUAUUACUUAUUACUAUUAUUAUUACUACACUCGAAACACUUGACGUCGUGCAUAUCGAGCGAGUGGAUUAGUGGAGCAAUGCCGUAUUGUCAUAAUGUCAUUUCACGACCAGUUUUCGUUUACGCAAUAAAGUGCCUAAAAAGUAAUAAGUAAUAACGUACCGCCGUCGUCGACCUCGUACAGUCGUUCAGGUUUCUCGUUUCGAGUUCAUCCACGACUCUUCAUAGUUCUCGGAAACCGUAUCGGAUAACACUUAUUAUUAAUUAUUGUUUCAACGAAAUCGUUCGACGUGCCAAACCUGCGGUGUCGGGGAUUCACUUAAAAGUCAAUUAACUUGAAUAACUGUAGCUACCUGGCUACCUAUCGUUUUUGUUAUUUCGUCGCCGGCGGCCGUGACAAUUCAAUAAUUCAAAAUAAUAUAAUGUAAUAUUCAAUGAUCAAACUUUCGAACCCAACAUCGCACGAUAAUAGAUUAAUUUAUAUUAGCUCCUGAUUAUGUUACGACCUUAGACCUCAUAACAAUGCUACUGAUAAACGACUAUAAGUUUGAAAUAACCAGCACUGUCGCGAUCAUGUUUAUUAUUAUCAUGUACACUUCUAGUCAUGCUUUUCGUUACUACGCCAAAUUUACCAUAUUUACAGUAUUGUCAUAUAUGUCUGCGACUGUAUUCUUACCAUUAAUGUUAUGGAGACCAAGGGACUACAGGAAUGGAUUAUUACCUGCAUGGGGUGGACGCCAAGUAUCAAAAAUAUUAGGGAUAACAUGGGAAAUGAAGGGUAAAGAAAAUAUUGUACAAAAUUCAGGUUGUGUUGUUUUGAUUAAUCAUCAAAGCUGUUUGGAUUUAUUAGUAUUGUCUGAAAUAUAUCCGGUAAUGAAAAAAUGCACCGUGAUCUCCAAGAAAGAAAUAUUUUACUUUUGGCCUUUUGGUCUAGCCUCGUGGUUGUGGGGAACAAUAUUCAUUGACCGUCUAAAUGCAGAAAGUGCUCAGAGGACCCUUAAUAAGACUGGAGAAGCUAUUCGUCAUAAACAAGCAAAGCUUUGCAUGUUUCCUGAAGGCACAAGACACGGUGGACCAGAGCUUUUGAAUUUUAAAAAAGGUGCAUUCCAUGUUGCUAUUUCAGCUCAAUGUCCAAUACAGCCAGUAGUUGUGACACAAUAUUUCUUUUUGGACCACGGAAAACGUACAUUUGAUCCCGGCCACGCAGUCAUAACAAUAUUGCCUCCAAUACCCACCGAGGGAAUGACCAAAGAAGACUUACCUGGUCUUAUUGAGAAGUCUAGAACUGCAAUGCAAGAAGCGUAUACAAAAUCUUCAGCAGAAAUAAAAACACAAUAUUAUAAUGUCAGCUAAAAUUAUA